AUGUCUCACAACCGAGAAUGGGACAGAGGGAAGUACCCGUCAGACGACGGGCAUUCGUGGCAAUAUGGAAUAGCUAGGAGGGAUGAGGAAUAUCAUGGUGAAGGAAAGCGUAGAAAAUUCAAUGAUGGCGGAUCUCAAGGCUACGAACAAGUUACUGAGGAGGGCGCGCACAAUACUAGUUAUGGUCAAGCUCGCCAGACCGACGUCGCUCAAGAGCACUUCGCGGAUGAUCGCUUCCAGAAAGGUAGCGGAUACAUCAAGAAACGGCUGGUUCCCAGCGAACCGAGCCUCCAUGUCAUUUUCCUGGGACUGGAUCCUGACUUCACCGAGGCCGACCUCCAAGCGUACCUCACAAGCAACAACUGCAAUGUACAAACGGUCACCAUAAUCCGAGACAGAUCCACAGGCACUUGCCCCUUCGGCUUCGGAUUCGCUCAGUUCACAAGCGUCGAGCAUGCGCGUGCGUUCGUCGACCCGCUCUUUCCGUUCAUCCAGGUGCCGCCGCCCGCAUCUCACGGCGCCUCCGCAUCCGCCGCGUUCUACAAGGCGCUCGAGGCGGGGAGUCCCGUGCCACCGGGUGGACGCCGCGUCAAGAUCGACUACUCGCAGAGCGCAAACCCCGCGGAACGCCGCGCACGGGGCCCGCCGUUCGCGAACGAUGGCACGCGUGACAUCGGGAACGCACAGGCACCAGUGCUCCUCUUCCGUGGGCUCGAUCCGCUCUCGGGCCCGCAGGCAAUCGCGCAAGCAAUGAAGAACGCCGCAGGCCCUGGAAAGGAGGGCGCACGGGGGAUGCGGAGGAUCAUCCUCAUCAAGGACAAGGUCACCACGGCGAGCUGGGGGUUUGCAUUUGUCGAAUUUGUAGACGUGCAGUCUGCAUCUGCGGCCCUCGGCAUGAUUAUUUCGCCUCAAAUUCACCCAUCCGGGUUCCGCAUCUCGGACCGACCGGUCGCAGCCUCGUUCGCUCAUCCGUACUCGUUCCAACCUCUCGCAGACCAUUUGCUUCGCGAUGACGCGUGCCUCAUGUCCACAUCAAGCCUUGGAGGCGUGGAGGGGACGUGGGUGAGAUAUUGGGAUGAGGCAUCGACUGCUGCUAUUCUGGAGUUCAAGAUCGAAGAGAUGGUGCAGCCAAUCCCGACACAGACGGCCGAGAGGGACAAAAAGAAGAAAUCAAAAGGUCAGCUUUCGUCCACGGAGCGCCCAGCGGAGGCAUCCGCUCUCCCUGUCUCUGAUAAGCCGGUCACGCUGAGCUUCAAGGGUGGCCUGGCUAACAAGCAAGGCCUCUCAAGCGUAUCAAUGGCAGCGGGGUCUGUAAAGAAGGCCGCGCCAGUUACAGUGGGGUUUUCGAUGGCAGACGAUGUCCCCACUGCUGGUGGUAAUGAUGUGGAGGCUAAUGCGGAUGAUGAGAGCGAGCAGCUGUUUGCGGCGAAGAGGGUUGCGCCGCUGAUUGCGAGCAAGAAGGUGGUUAACAACAUCAAUAAAUGGAAUCAGGUACAGGAGGUGCUUCAUGACGGCAACCCACCGGAGUUGGUAACCCAAGCCACAUCCUCCACUGCACCGGCUGCCCCGAUCAAGGCAAAAUCCGCGACCCCGACACCAGCAGAAUCAGAAUUCGAGUUUUCAGACACACAUGCGAUGACGUGCUUGCUGUGUGCGCGCCAGUUCAAAUCACUCGAUCAGAUGAAGCGUCAUAACAAAGAGUCCGACCUGCACAAGGCAAGCAUGCCCAGCUCCUGCUCGAUGAUGCCCUACUACGCGAAUCUCCGCGAACUCGCCCGCGAGAAAGCGAACGUUUUGCGCGCGAAAGCUGAGCAACCCAAAUAUCGCGAUCGAGCGUCGGAGCGCCGGAUCAUGCACAACCAGCCCGACGUCCCUCUGCCGACGGAGGCAGCUAAAACGACGGGAAAGAGGAAGUAUGCGGAAGGUCCGCCAAAGCCUCCCACGCCGCCGCCGCCCCCUGUGAGCCUUGGAAAAGAUGAGAGUAAUGUGGGGAACAAGUUGCUGAAGAUGAUGGGCUGGAAGGAGGGCACGGGGCUGGGAACAGGUGGUGAGGGGAGGGUGGAUCCCAUACAGACUGCAAUCUACGCGCAGGGCGUUGGGUUGGGCGCGAGCAAGGCGAAGGAGAUCGGAAAGUAUGCAGAGGGCUACUCUGGCUACGUGCACAUGGCACAAGAUGCUGCUCGAGAGCGGUAUGGGAGCUAA